GUGUGUGUGUGUGUGUGUACUGCACACCGCAGCGAGCGUGUGCAUGAACGUGUGAACAGAUUUAGAAGUGAAGUGGCAGCUUCUUUUUUCUUCUUCUGAGAGGAAGUGUAUUUUCUCGCUGGGAAGAAAAGACAUGAUGAUGAUGAUGAUUAUAAAGACGUUAAAGAUGAUGAUGGGUGUCCCUCGACCUCCACGGGCUCAGGUGAGCCCCGGGCUCCAGACUGAGUGCUAGCCAUGCUGCAGCAGAUUGAGCCAUCGUCCAGCACCCUGCAGCUGGUUGCCAGUGAUAUGAGCGACAUCAUGGACAAUCUGGACACCCGCGAUCUCGAUUUAGGCGAUGGAGAUUAUGACACGACAGACACCAAUGCACCUGCAGAGGGUUUGCCUUUUAAAGAGAUUUACAACACAGUGGGUUUCAAGGAGACAGAGGCCAAAGUCUACCUUUCCUCUCCCAUCACUGUCAAAAUCCUGGAGGUGGAGCGUUUCACCUCAGUUCAGGACCGCUUCAACCUCACCACGCAGAGGAGCGUCAACAAGUCAAUGCCAGCUGUGUAUAAAAUUGAGAUGAAACAUGGAGAGUUUACAUGGUUGGUGAAGAGGAAGGAGAAGCACUUCAUCGAUCUCCACAGAGAACUGAGAACAUACAAGACCUUCAUGAAGAUUCCACUUCCACGCAGUCACACGGUGAAGAGGAACAUACCGUUGAGGAGUGAGGUGAGCCAGAUCCCAGAACUCCCCAGAGGAGGCGAUGGCGAACUGGACAGAGGAGUUUCCAGUCGAAGGAAACAACUGGAAGAUUACUUGAAUACUGUGCUAGCGAUGCAGAUGUAUAGGAACUACCACGCUACGAUGGAGUUCAUUGAUGUUAGUCAAUUGUCUUUCAUUCACGACCUGGGACCAAAAGGACUAGAGGGAAUGGUGCUGAAGAGAUCCGGCGGCCAUCGGAUCCCCGGCAUGAACUGCUGUGGUCGCAGCAGAAUGUGCUACCGCUGGUCCAAACGCUGGUUGGUGGUGAAGGACUCGUUUCUGCUGUACAUGAAGAUGGAUUCAGGCGCCAUCUCCUUUGUAAUGCUGUUUGACAAAGAGUUUGGCAUCAAGAUGGACUCCAAGGACACGGAUACCAAACACGGCGUCCGUGUGGACAGUCUCUCCAGGUCUUUGGUGCUCAAGUGCAACAGCUACAGACAUGCCCGCUGGUGGGGUCAGUCCAUUGAAGGUUUUGUCCAGAAGAAUGGCUCAGCCUUCCUCAAAGAUCACCGCUUUGGAUCUUUCGCUAGAGUGGAAGUGAACAUCCCUGCCAAAUGGUACGUGAACGGGAAAACAUACAUGGAGGAUGUGGCCAAUGCUCUCGAAGAAGCCAAGGAGGAAAUCUUUAUCACCGACUGGUGGCUGAGUCCAGAGAUCUUUUUGAAAAGGCCAGUUGUUGAAGGAAACCGAUGGCGUCUCGACUGCAUACUAAAACGCAAAGCGCAACAAGGAGUUCGAAUCUUUGUGAUGCUCUACAAGGAGGUGGAGUUAGCUCUGGGCAUUAACUCAGGAUACAGCAAGAGAACACUGCUGCGCCUCCACCCCAACAUCAAGGUGAUGCGCCACCCAGACCACGUCUCCUCCGCUGUGUACCUGUGGGCGCAUCAUGAGAAGAUCAUCGUCAUUGAUCAGUCGGUGGCCUUUGUGGGUGGGAUUGACCUUGCUUAUGGACGUUGGGAUGACAGGGAACACCGGCUCACCGAUGUUGGGAGUGUGACGCUCUCUCACUUGGAGCAGGCUGCAGCUGCCUCUCCCAGCAUGGCUGCCCAAGCCAACGGCAGUGGUACGUUUUCCCAGAGCAACGGAAAAGGCGUAUUCACUGUGGCAGACUCGAUGGACCAGCCAAGGCUAAAGAGUCACGGGAGGUUGAGGAGGACCAGGAUGAGCAUCAGAAGACACCUGCAGAAACACGGGCUGGCCCAUCCCGAUAGCGACAGUGACCUGGAGCACGAAGAGUCCUCUGACCCAGUGCAAAAUGAGCCUGCGGGGGUCAGAGAGUUGCAUGGGAACACGCGAUUCUGGCACGGGAAAGACUACUGCAACUUUGUGCACAAGGACUGGAUUCAGCUAGAUAAGCCUUUCGAUGAUUUCAUAGACAGGCACAAAACUCCCAGAAUGCCUUGGCAUGACAUCGCCUCAGUGGUUCAUGGGAAAGCAGCUCGGGAUGUGGCCAGACACUUCAUCCAGCGGUGGAAUUUCACUAAGCUUGUGAAGCCAAAGUACCGCUCCCUGUCAUACCCAUAUCUGCUGCCCAAGUCUCACACCACUGCUGGAGAACAGCGAUACCAAGUCCCCAACUGCAUCCCCACCAAAGUACAGAUCCUGCGCUCAGCUUCAGAUUGGUCUGCUGGCAUCAAAUACCAUGAAGAGUCCAUCCACAAUGCCUACGUUCACGUCAUCAAGAACAGCCAGCACUUCAUCUACAUAGAGAAUCAGUUCUUCAUCAGCUGUGCCGACAACAAAUAUGUUUUCAACCAGAUAGGAGACGCGAUUGCAGAGCGCAUCAUUCGUGCGUACAGGGCGGGUAAAACGUAUCGUGUUUAUGUGGUGACGCCGCUGUUGCCGGGCUUUGAAGGAGACAUCAACACUGGAGGCGGCAGCGCCAUCCAGGCUGUCAUGCACUUCAACUACAGGACCAUGAACAGAGGAGACCACUCCAUCAUUUCCCAGCUCAAGAAAGAGAUGGGAGAUAACUGGAUAAACUACAUCUCCAUCGCUGGUCUGAGGACUCACACUGAUCUGGAGGGGAAGCUCGUCACUGAGCUCAUCUAUGUCCACAGCAAGAUGCUCAUCGCGGACGACAACACCGUCGUCAUCGGUUCUGCCAACAUCAACGACCGGAGCAUGCUGGGAAAGCGGGACAGUGAGGUGGCGGUGAUCGUGGAGGACUCGGAGAUGGUGGACUCGGUGAUGGACGGAGAGCCGUACAAGGCGGGAAAAUACGCCCUGCAGCUCCGGCUCGAGUGCUUCAAGACGAUCCUCGGCACUUACACAGAUCCCACCAUCGAUGUUUCGGAUCCAAUCAGUGAUCACUUCUACAAGGAGGUCUGGAUGUCCACCAGCGCUCGCAACGCCUCCAUCUACCAGCGAGUUUUCCGCUGUCUGCCAUCCAGCGACGUCCGUAACAUAAUGGAGUUGGAGGGCUACCUGGCCAAGGCCGGCCUGGACAAGGAGGACCCGGCUCGGGCUCAGGAGGAGCUGAAGAAGAUCCGUGGCUUCCUCGUUCAGUUUCCUCUUCAGUUCCUGUCUGAACAAAACCUGCUUCCACCCAUCGGCUCCAAGGAGGCUAUGGUGCCCAUGGAGGUCUGGACCUGAGGCAGAGGGGGCACGUCUGUGUUCGUUGAGUGGAAGGUGGAUAGAAAACACUCUGACGCCAUUCUGGAGGUCUGACGGGGCUCUGACCAAAAACAGAUGAGGUCAUGCUGGAGCUUUUUAAAUGUUAUGAUCUCUGUUUCACAUCAUAGAUUAUAGCUCAUGAUUGCAUGUUAAGAAGACAGCAUCUCCCUGAGUUG